ACGCUGACGUCACGACUCAACGCACGGUGGGGGGGGUCCUAGCUCAUAGCUGCCCCUGGCAAUCGCGGCCUGCUCGCUUUGACACUAGUUUUUUAGAAUCUCUCUUUACUUUCGCUUUCAGCAGCUUCAUCAUCAUUAACGACCACGCCGUUGUACCCUGGAUUAUAAGACGCACGUUCCUCCUCUAUUCUCUCUCACCGACGUCUGGUGCGGUGCGUCAAUGUCCUCGGGCCACGUGCGCGUUUGACACGAAGCAGCAGAUAUCGAUCCGUGCUUGUUCGAGAUUCGAAGUUCCCGUGCUUGUGGAUAACUUUUGACGGCGACGAGGAUGACCGCCGACGCGCAGUUCUUGAUCACGUACCUCACGGAGGUGGAGACCUUGGCCGAGGAUUUGCUGGCGGAUAAACACCAGAUGGUCGACUUGGACAGGAAGAGGAACAGCAACAGAGAGGCUCUUCGUGCCGUGCAAGGGGGCGCAGCUGCGGAAAAAACCUGGGUCUGUUUUGGAAAUAUGUUCAUCAAAAUACCCCGAUCGAAAACAAGACAGAUGAUAAAAAAUGAUCAAGAGCAGCUGGAGACGGAGAUGACAAGGAUCCGCAGGGAGCUGAAGGUGAAGAUGAAUCGUCUGAACGAGGCACAAGGAAAACCGGAGCUAAAGGGCUUCGAUCUCGCCCCGCUGUCGCGGGAGGAAAUGCUCGCGAUCAAUAAAGUAAUUAAAGAGUGACGAAGAAGCUGUUCCCGUGCGUUUGCCCCGCGAACAUCGGCGCCGCGCGCGCUGGCUGUGAUUCCUUCCGCCAAGCCGCUCGCUAUUUUGGAUGAAACUUUUUUUCAUCAUCACCACCACAGUCGCCCAGCACGGGCCCAAAGACCCCCGAAACGCCGAGCGACCAGCAACAAACGACACGACCGAAGGGCGCGAUCUCGGGUCAGCGUUGUCGGAUGUGCCAGUGUGUACAUCGGUGUGGGGACAGCCGUUUGGUCAGUACACUGCCGGAUGAAGGCCUCCCUCCACUGUGUCGGCCACGGUUGUUUGACCAUACUUCACCACGCUUGUCAGUGCAUUUUGGUGAACGGUGAACGGAGCACAUUUCUUCUGCUGAGAAUCGCUAUUCGGGUGAACGGAGCACAUUUCUUCUGCUGAGAAUCGCUAUUCGGAUUGUGCCAUUGGCAUCACGAGAUGAAGCGCUCAUUCGAAACUCCUCGCAGAGCAGGGCAACCCCUUGGUGUUAAGAGAUUGAAUGUCGCUUGGAAGCGGAUAUCACUGAGCUACCUCCGAAUUCCCUUUGAGUUGUAUAAUCCACACGUCUAAGGAGUAUGUUUUUGUAUUCGCUGAUUUAUGCCCGAGUUCAAAAACGCAUACAAAUUUUUGUUUUAAAUAGUUAAACGGUGAUUAUAGUGAAGUCACAAUGAGUGUUGGCUAAUGUAUUGUUGCACAGUGAUUAGCGCGCUGCGCUGAGAACCCGGCGACCCGAGUUCGAUUCCCGCUCACGGCCAUUGUACACUGUACAAGCUACAUUUGACACAUGCAGAAAACAUCAAUCAUAUUUUACAUUAUUGACAAAAAAGCCUCCCGUGUGUUUAGAAAUUUACUUUGCAUUCUGUGUUCUCGAAUGACAAUAAAAAUUGAUGUUAACAAAG